GCCAGAGCAGGGAAUUGUUUGGGAGUUCAGUCAUCCAAAAGCCGUCUCCCGUAUGGAGGGUCUGGCUUCCCGCAUCCCGGCGCCUCUUCCCUCCUCCUCCUCCUCCUCCUCCUUCUCCUCCUCCUCCCGCCGCGCCUGAGCUCAGCGCGGCCCCCCAUCCCCAGCCCGCAGAAAAAGCACAACCACCACCCCCAAACCAAGGGCUCCCUCACUUUCCCCUUCCCCCAAACAGGCUUUCCCCCUCUUUUUCCCUCUCUCUUUUUUCCCCUCUGUGUGUGUGCGUGCGUGUGUGUGUGUGUGUGUGUGUGUGUGUGUAGUGAAUUCCCCGCAGAUCCGGCCUGGAAGUUCCCAGCUCCUGGAGUUAAGCCUCUUUGUUGCUUCCCUUCGUUUGGGGCAUCUUUGUGUUUCCCCCCGCCUGCUCCACUGGAGACCGCGGAAUCCACCGCCACAGAUCCACUGCAUCCCCUGAGGCAGCUUAUGGGACCGUUCCCUGGGCGCCCCGGGGCACACCGCAUGGGAUGGCAAUGACACGUGGAAGUGGAAGGAGGAGGCCCAUGUCCCCCAUCCCUUGCCUCGUGCUUGCGGCCGCCAGCUGUUUUGCCAACCUGAGUGAAUCUCUGCAGGUCACAGUACAACCUGCUUCUAUUGUCCAAAAGCUCGGGGGCCCAGUCAGCCUGGGGUGUGUGGUGGACCCGCCCCGAGUGAACCUCACCUGGAGACUGAACGGGAAGGAGCUGGCUGGCUCCGACGAGCUGCUGGGUAUCCACGUGGAGCGAGGGAAGCUCGUCAUCACGGCGCUCAACAACCGCACCGUGGGGCGCUACCAGUGCAUCGCCCGUGUGCCUGAGGGAGUCAUUGCCAGUGUCCCCGCAGUGGUCACCUUAGCUAAUCUCAAAGAUUUCAAGUUCGAUGGCCAGCAUGUGAUCGAGGUGGAUGAAGGGAACACAGCUGUGAUUGCCUGCGACCUGCCUGAAAGUCACCCCAAGGCUCAGGUCCGCUACAGUGUGAAGCAGGAGUGGCUGGAGGCCUCCCGAGACAAUUAUCUUAUUAUGCCAUCUGGGAACCUUCAGAUCGUUAAUGCCAGCCAGGAGGAUGAGGGGACUUACAAAUGUGCUGCCUACAACCCCGUGACACAGGAGGUGAAAACUUCAGUCUCCAGUGAGAGGCUCCGUGUGAGACGCUCCACAGCGGAGGCAGCCCGGAUAAUUUACCCUCCCGAGGCUCAGACCAUCAUUGUCACCAAGGGCCAGAGCCUCAUUCUGGAGUGCGUGGCCAGCGGCAUCCCCCCGCCACGGGUCACCUGGGCCAAGGACGGCUCCGGCGUCUCCGCCUACAACAAGACGCGCUUCCUGCUCAGCAACCUCCUGAUCGACCCCACGAGCGAGGAGGACUCGGGCACCUACAGCUGCACGGCCGACAACGGCGUUGGGGAGGCCGGGGCCGCCUUCAUCUUCUACAACGUGCAGGUGUUUGAACCCCCGGAGGUCACCAUGGAGCUGUCCCAGCAGAUCAUUCCCUGGGGCCAGAGCGCCAAGUUCACGUGCAAGGUGCGGGGGAACCCGCAGCCCUCGGUGGUGUGGCUGCGCAACGCGGUGCCGCUGUCGGGCAGCCGCCGGCUGCGGCUGUCGCGCCGGGCGCUGCGGCUGCUCAGCGUGGGGCCCGAGGACGAGGGCAUCUACCAGUGCAUGGCCGAGAACGAGGUGGGCAGCGCCCAAGCCAUGGUGCAGCUGAGGACAGCCCGCCCGGGAGCUCCACUCAACCCCGGGCAAGAUGACCAGCUGGACUUGGCUCAACCUCCAACACUGCCUUCCAGGGACAGUGCCUUAAAGCUGCCCUUGGAUAAAGCUGGGCUGCCAAAGCCUGGGACAACCCCUCUAGCAGCAUCUCCACAGUGUGCAGCCAGCAAGGAGCUGGUGACUCCAGCCGAAGCCCCCAUCAUCCUCAGUUCUCCACGCACAUCCAAGACGGACAGCUACGACCUGGUGUGGAGACCCCGGCCUGACAGCAGAGCCCCCAUCCUGUACUAUGUGGUGAAGCAUCGCAAGCAGGUCACCAACGCCUCGGACAGCUGGGCUGUGAGGGAUGUCCCAGCCUCGCAGCACCGCCUGACCCUCACCAGGCUGGACCCCGGGAGCCUCUACGAGGUGGAGAUGGCAGCUCACAACUGUGCCGGCGAGGGACAGACGGCCAUGGUGACCUUCCGCACCGGCCGGCGCCCAAAGCCAGAGAUUGUUGCCAGCAAAGAGCAGCAGAUCCAGAGGGAUGACCCAGGCACGAGCACUCAGAGCAGUAACCAGGCCGACAACAGCCGCCUGUCCCCUCCAGAGGCACCAGACCGUCCCACCAUCUCCAUGGCAUCAGAGACAUCUGUGUACGUGACCUGGAUCCCCCGCGGGAAUGGCGGCUUCCCCAUCCAGUCUUUCCGUGUGGAGUACAAGAAAUUGAAGAAGUUGGGAGACUGGGUCCUGGCCACCAGUGACAUUCCUCCCUCUCGCCUCUCUGUGGAAAUCCCAGGCCUGGAGAAAGGCACCUCCUAUAAGUUCCGUGUGCGGGCGCUGAACAUCCUGGGCGAGAGCGAGCCCAGCGCGGCGUCUCGGCCGUACGUGGUGUCCGGGUACAGCAACCGCGCUUACGAGCGCCCCGUGGCCGGGCCCUACAUCACCUUCACGGACGCCAUCAACGAGACCACCAUCAUGCUCAAGUGGAUGUACAUCCCAGCCAGCAACAACAACACUCCCAUCCAUGGAUUUUACAUCUACUACCGCCCCACUGACAGUGACAAUGACAGUGACUACAAGAAGGACGUGGUGGAAGGAGAUCGGUACUGGCACUCCAUCAGCCACCUGCAGCCGGAGACCUCGUAUGACAUUAAGAUGCAGUGCUUCAAUGAGGGGGGCGAAAGCGAGUUCAGCAACGUGAUGAUCUGUGAAACCAAAGCUCGGAAGUCUCUUGGUCUGCCAGGUCGCCUUCCACCCUCCACAGUGCCCCCUCAGCAGCGUCCCCCACUCAGUGGUGGGCACAGUGGCUUGGGGACAGGAGCCAUGGUGGCCCGUUCCAGCGACUUGCCCUACUUGAUUGUAGGCGUUGUGCUGGGCUCCAUCGUACUCCUCAUUGUGGCUUUCAUCCCCUUUUGCCUUUGGAGAGCUUGGUCCAAGCAGAAGCAAACCAUUGACAUGAGCUUCCCAGGAGCUGGGCUGCUGGUGUCGUCCUGCCAGUACACGAUGGUGCCUCUGAGGGGCAUCUCUGCUCCUCGUGCCAAUGGACAUCCCUUUGUCAAUGGGCAGCCCUAUGCCAGCAGGACACAUCUGAAUGGCAUCUGUGCUUCCGCAGGAGUGGGCUACACGAGCACCAAGCCCCGAGAUUACAGCCCCGAUGAAGUGCCACAGGCACACGAGGAGACCAACGCCUUGCUGCAGGCAAGAGUGCUGCAGAAUGGGAGUGCCCAACAAGACUACCAGGCCUCCAGAUUGCCCAGCUCCAGAACAGAAGACAGCUCCUUCCUCUACAGUCUCCCAGAUGACUCCACUCACCAGCUUCUUCAGCCACAAGACGAAUGUCCUCACCUUCAAGAGCACUUUGUUGGCCUCCAUCAUCCAGUGAUGGGAAGCAAAGUGGGAGGCCCUAGCCUGGAUGCUCGACGGGAUACCCUCUUCCACCAAGGAAGCCCUUGCUGCUUAGGCCUGGUGCCAGUUGAAGAGGUAGAAAGACUAGAUUGCUGCCAGUCCAGAGGAGAUCUCCAUGCCCAGAAUCCGGUGGUCACAGCUUUGGGUCAGGACCUACCAAGACAUCUGAACAGCAGCCCUCCACCACUGAGACCCUUAGAGACUCAUCCUCCCACCAGCUAGGGAGUGAGCUGCCUUUUGCAAAAGACUUAUUCUAAAGAGAAAAAGAGAAAGGGUAUUUAUUUUUGUAUAACACCCCUAUUUAUAUAUUUAUGCACUUGUAUAUAGAUGUAUAUGUGCCUUUUAUAAUGCUAUGGAGACAGAAGGCAUCCUCAGCAAGGUCACAGGAGGAGCCAGGAGACAAGGCAGCAGCUCUGGGUGGCACCAUCAGAGCACACAAUGGAAUCAGCCGGACAAGGGACACUGCGGGACAUGGGUCCAAACAGAGCUGCCACCACCAAGCGCCAGCACCCUCCUGCAGUGAGGGCUUCACAACAAAUAAUGCUGUCCAAAAGGUCUUCUCCUCUCCCCCCAAGGAAGGUUUGUUCCAGGAACACACUCCUGCGAAUGGACUGGAGUUAAGCACUCUGAUAUCUGCCUGAUCAACUUAAACAACCUUUCACAUACACGCCAUCUGCAGCCGCCUAUCUGUAAAGACAAAUCCACGCUUUAACAUCUAAAAUAAAGGCUUUAGUCUUGCUGUGCCUGGCUCUAUGCUAAUUCCUCACACAGAAUGAGCCUUCUCUUUUUCACUUGCAGACAUACAGCAAGCAGGACACCUGGAGAAAGGUGACAUUUUCCUGCAGUUAGAGUUUUCCAAAUAGUCGCUGGUGGUACUUAGUCUCGGGUCUUCCUGCUCCCUGUCUCCAGCUGAGUCUCUGGGUGUCUGGUUACCCAGCUGGCACUGGAUGUAUUUGCCCUUUGUUAGGCAAGGGAUUGGUUCCAGACAGCCCCUUGCCUGUGGCUCCAGCCAUUUCCCACCUCCCAGGGCACAACCUCCAGCUGCACAAGAGCUCCCAGCUCCAGCCGUGCUCCUCAGCAGGGACCCCUAAAGGCAGGCUGCACUCACACGCCUGUGCUGGGACCAGCAGGGAGUGCCUGUGCUGGCUGGGAUGUGGCUGGAGCCCUGCUGGGCAUACACCAGACAGAGACACAAAUACCUGUGGCGGGAGGUGGGGAGGAACAGCAAGAGCAGCUGGGGUUGUUUAAUUUAUUCCAUUAAAAAUUAGCACCUCAGGAGCCUUGCAGGGAAAGAACACAAGCCCUCCACCCUUGGGAUGGAGGAAGGUUUCACAGACAGGGUAAGUGCUAUAAAUAAUCACAUACUGCCACCACACCAAAUUAGAGAGGCAAGAAAGAGCAACACCUGAAAACACAGAGCUUGGCCCUCUAACUGAUCAGGCAGGUGCAAGGCAGUGGAAUUGCAUGCUGACUUUGCAUGGUUACACGCUCCUCCUGCCAGGUAAAUGCCAUAUCCUGCCCUGAGGAGAAAGGCCUUUUGCUUUCUCCUGGCCAGUAAUAUGUCCUUUGACUGCAACUAGCUCAGUUAGCAGAGCAGGGUCACUGCUGCUCAGCAGUAACAAAUGCUCACUUGAGUUAGACUGCUUUUACCAUUUUUGAGAACAAGGUAGCAAACCAGUAUUUGUCCCUGUGAAACUUCAAACCAGCUUUCCACAGCCACUUGUUUGAAGAGUAGACAUAGACAUAAUGCACACACAUGGACACACACAGGGCACCUUGUCCAGUGCAACCCUUGGCAAUGCACUGAUAACAGUACUGAGUAGUUUUAUUUGCUGUUUUUUUAUUCCAUAGUUGUUGUUACAAUUGUAUUUUGAUAGAAAAAACAAAUAUAA